UAUUCUUUGCACAACGCAUCAGAUCCACACAUAUUCAUUUACGUAAUUUUUAGUUUGUAAAUACGACGGACGGUGUAUUUCAAUGAUCUGUUGACACCAUCGGAAGGUUAGUUUAACGUUAGUUUUGCUAUCCGAGGGAAAAAUACGAUUUUCUCGAUGGUUUUCCCUUUAACAUACAUCUGUAAGGGGUGGCCUUUCUAUUUAUGAACACAUUAUCAAGUGUUGGUUUGACUUAAAAUCCGAUUGUAAGGACAAUUGUAAGGAUAUAUUCGGACAUGGGUGAAAAGACGACCAUAGCUGAACUGAAGAACAUCAUGGUAAAAGUUCAAGUUCCCAUGGAAGACUACACUGUAAUUCAGCCUGGCCUCAUAAUCGGCGGAAUAACCACAGCCAAAAACACUGAAGUACUAACAAAACUGGGAGUAACUCACAUCAUCAAUUGUGCCUAUGAUCCGACUGGCAAAGGAAACUUUAUUUACGUGGACACAAACGAAGACUACUACAUCCAACGUGACUUCAAGUGCAUCUAUUUGGGUGUAAGAGCCGCAGAUACAGCCCGAUUCAAUAUUUCCAAGUUUUUCUACAGUGUGGCCGAUUUUAUUGACAACGCGAUUAAGGAUAAUGGAAUCGUCUACGUUCACUGUUACAUGGCAAUAAGUCGUUCAGCUGUUCUUGUCAUUGCAUACUAUAUGAUUAAGCACGAUAUGACCCUGAAGGAAGCAGUAAUCUUUCUCAGGAAAAAGAGAGAAAUAUUCCCGAACGAUGGUUUUUUAGUGCAACUAAUGGAACUCGAUGAGGAGCUCCGAAAUCAAAAAAGUUAACAUGGAAUCCGUCACUUUAACUUAAGACGUAAUGCUCAAGGAUAUUGAUUAGAAAUUUUAUUAUAAAAGCAGAAUGAUUGCAGUCAUACAUCACUGCUGUUUGAUUUUAGCUAUAGAUUCAUACUGUUUCCACUCCAAAAUGA